AUGCGAAUUGCACUGAUCGGUCUCGGGUUUGCUGUUCCACUGCUGGCUAUUUCCGAUGUGGAAAACUAUGAAAAUAUUGAGAGCCAGAAUAUUGGACCAUCUCUCAACCACCCCCAUGAAAAUGCCCAUGUCCCCCACCGGGCUAGUUCACCCAUGAUCCGCGUGGGCCACAAUGAAGCGAUGGAUAUGGAUAUGGAUAUGUCUGGGGCUGCAGAUGCAGAAGCGUCGCGGAAACCAGUCAUGUCGAAUAUGGCAUUCCCAUCCAGAUCCAUGUCCACGUCCCAUGGUAGGAUCAAUACACCAGGUGCUAUGCCCAAGACUGGUAACCAUCACCACAUCCGUAAAAUCCCGGAGGUGCAAAUGGAGAUGGAAUCCAUACCCGAGCGCAUGGCAGAUAUCGAAUCCGAAUCUGAACUCCAAUCCCAACCCGGAGAAGUAGUAGUGGUUUACCGAACCGUCACAGAAACCUAUGCGAACUGCAUCACGCCAACUCAUGCAGCUGUCAUGAUGUUAUCGACAGGUUCGUCACGGGUCCAAGCUAUUGAAGCCCUAGCCUCAGCUUCAGCUCCAGGUUUAUCAUUGAUGAAACCGAUGAUGAGAGAGAGUGGAAUGGAGGCGAUGAGGUCGUCGCGCGCUCAUAAGCCGCUGGUCGCUACUGCUACUGCUACUGCUACUGCUACUGCUACUACAACUACAACUGCAUCUGCGGUGUCAACGCCAGCGGUGGAAACACAGCGGAAUGGCAAGGAUGGAGAGGAGAAGGAUACGUUGUUUACUGGGGUUGCGGCUUGGGAGGGACCUCGAGUAGUAGUCGUGCUUGUGUUGGCUGGGUUGUUGGCUGUGAUGGUGCUAUAA